AAUGGCACUUUUGAUAGUGAAAUUGGUUAUAAUUAGUUGGAUACAAUGAGGCGAGUGUUUGGCGUGUGCUCCGACAGCUGGUUACUCUGCGGACAGAAUGUGAGGCUCUAGCCGUAGCUGUCCAUCACUAGAUGUUGUCUGGCUCCCCACACGGGUCUGUGAUGUCAUGCCAGUCACUGGCGGCUCGCGCCUUCACAGAGCCUGACAAGGAGAACAUGACGCACUGUGCCACCGCCGGACUGCACAGAUCGGUCAGAUUCAGUUCAGACUCGAGAAGCUCUACCAGAACAAGCAACAAUGAUCAAGAUUGUAAACGAGAGGCGACAGGGUCGAUAUCGCUGACGGCGCUGGCCGUGACGCCUGUCUCCCAGAGCUCGUCGAUGAGCCAGUCGGCGCCCCCGUCCUCUGUCACAUUCGAUUUGGCUGAAACGCCUGCACCGGCGCCGGCAUGUCGCUUCCCGAAGUUGGAGGAGUGCGCGCACUUCCACUACGAGCGCGUGUCGCUGGGAGGACUCUCCGUGCAGACGGUGCCCUGCGAGGAGCAAGCCGCAGAUCCCACCGAAGGUUGGGUGUGCCUUAAGGUCCGCUCUCACGUGAACUCCUCGAGCGACGAGUCCACGGAGUCCCGGCUGACCGGCAGCUGGACGGAGGCCUCGGACGUGAGGGAGUGGACCCUCACCAGGAACAAGGACAACUUCCUACAACUGGACGAUAUGCUGCACAGAUGUAUAUACGACCGUAAGGUGUCUGGACUGCCGAACCUCGCGGAGAAGAUCGGCCCGUCCCUGCUGCAGGACGAGCUGGAGUACAACCAGCUGAUAUCAGACUACGUCCACCAUCUGUCGAUCAUAGCCGAUGACUCCAUCAACUGCGGCCCGGUGCUCAACUGGCUGCAGAUGGAUAACAAGGGACACAAAUUGCUGGUAGCAAACGAAGAUUCCAGCUCAAUCAACACACCGGCAGUGGCUGCAGCAUACUCAGUUAGAAAAUACGUUUCACAGGCGAGUACAUGUUUUUAA